CCCCGUACAUGUUGCAAUAAGAAAACACUACUGUUAAAAAGCUCAUCUAGGGUUGUCUCUUAGUGCUGGGAGCUUGCUUUUCAGCAGCCACUGUUUCUUCUACCACAUGCCUGGCCAGUUGCCGGAUGUUCGCAGAGGCCUCCCAACAUUCGGCCAGACCCAUUAUCCAACAUGCCCCAUGGUUCCCGAAAAUCCAGGUCAUCAAGUGUUCUAUAAGAACUGCACCAAGCAUCUAUGUAUGUGCAGUACAUACCCUCCGACAAGCAGACAGGUGAUCCCAGCGAGCCUUAGUAUUACCAAGACUAGCCAGGAUUCCUUAGAAGUCAGAACCGGCAGUUGGACCGACGGCCGUUCAAGCCUCAAAAAGCGUGCAAUCGUGAAAACAAAACUUAGCCUUUUUGAAACGCCGAUUUACGGGUUCGCUGGGGGUUGCAUGGCUGAUGAUGCGAUUGAUUGCAAGACAUCCAUGGCGAGUUUCCCCCUUGUUUGUUUCCGGCCUACUGGCUGA